CACGCUCAGCGGAUGGAUACUGUAAUUAAACUAGCUCCAGUCCAGGUGUGCGCUUGUAAGCAGGUGUGGAUUUAAAAUGGGGUUAACUGGGCUGCUGCUACUAAUAUUUUCCCAACUCAAAACUAGGUAGAACGACAAAAUGUCAGCGAGACGGGAGAAGACCGCGACAAAUCAGCAGGACAAAGAGCAGCAGAGCCAGGAGAGACGCCGGCGUAGGAUGGCGCUCUUCAUCCAGCAGUUUGAAAAAGACGCACAAGAACGGAUGAGAUAUUUAGAGGCUAAACUGGAGAGCAUGCUGGCCACCGUGGACAAAAUCUUCAAAGUGGAGCUGAUGAAGAUGCCUCCUUCUCUUCAGAACACCCUCAUGGGAGAUCUGAUCUGCGAGGAGGAAGCAUCAGCCAGUGAAGUCUCGAUAGCCAUCAGGAACGAGUCCCGUGAAAUGGACCAACCUUUCAGACUGAUAACCAGCAAGAGAUUGAAAUCGUCUGAUUCUACACCGCCUGUAGCCCAGAGACCCGCUUCCAAAACUCCCAAGGGAGGACGAGGGGCCAAAGGGGACAGCGUGUUGGCUGGCAGCAGCAGCACAGGAACUCUGACAUCUUCCUCAACGACCAUCAAGAGGACUCGGAGCCGACUGACAAACCGUAAAACUCAGGAGCAGAUGAACCUGAGAAAACCUAAACUAAGGUCCGUUGUGUCUGCUGGGGAGCUGCCCUGUUCCAUGGCAGGAUCUGCUGCACACGUCACCGUGACGACGGCUCAGGGGCAGAUGCUCAGCUUUUCGGAAGACUCCAAGGAUGACAUCAACCUGGACCUACUGGAUGAUGUUGCCUGGUGUCAGAUUCAGAAGCUCUCGAAACUGAUGGAGUGUUUGUCACGACAGAGUCGCUGCCAUCGUUGAAUUUAUUAAUGAUUUUAUUUUUUGUCAUGUAAUAUCAAAUAAAGCUCAAAUUAAAUAUGUAGAAA